GUGAGGCCAGCCCUAUCCAACCCUAUACUGGCAGGCCCAGGGCUGGGCAGGGGGACGGGGUGGUCUUGCCUCUGCUGUGGGAAGACACCAUGGCUCUGGGGCCUUACUGUGGCAUCCUACUGCUUCUGGCUGUUUCUGGGUGUGGCCAGCCCCAGGUUUCACACGAAGGAAGUCGAAUCGUGGGAGGGCACACGGCCCCAGCUGGCACGUGGCCAUGGCAGGCUAGCCUCCGUCUGCACAACGUGCACGUGUGUGGAGGGUCCCUGCUCAGUCCAGAAUGGGUGCUCACAGCAGCCCACUGCUUCACUGGGUCUCUGAACUCAUCUGAUUACCAGGUGCACUUGGGAGAGCUGACAAUCACACUGUCUCCCCAUUUCUCCACUGUAAAGCAGAUCAUCAUGUACUCCAGCUCCCCAGGACCACCAGGGUCCAGUGGGGACAUUGCCUUGGUGCAGUUGGCCACCCCGGUGGCCCUUUCCAGCCAGGUCCAGCCUGUGUGCCUCCCAGAGGCCUCAGCUGACUUCUACCCUGGGAUGCAGUGCUGGGUGACUGGCUGGGGCUAUACACAGGAGGGAGAGCCUCUGAAGCCUCCAUACAACCUUCAGGAGGCCAAAGUCUCUGUGGUGGAUACAGAAACCUGCAGCCAGGCUUACAACAGCCCCAAUGGCAGCCUCAUCCAGCCAGACAUGCUAUGUGCCCAGGGCCCUGGGGAUGCCUGCCAGGAUGAUUCUGGAGGGCCACUAGUCUGCCAGGUGGCUGGGACCUGGCAGCAGGCCGGCGUUGUCAGCUGGGGUGAGGGUUGUGGCCGCCCUGACCGCCCUGGCGUCUAUGCUCGGGUUACUACCUAUGUAAAUUGGAUCCACCACCACAUCCCGGAAGCAGGGGUCUCAGGAAUGCAAGAGGUUUCCUCGACUCCUCUCCUGGCUGGCCUCUUCUUGCCAAGCCUCUUCCUGCUGCUGGUCUCUGGAGUCCUGAUGGUCAAGUACUGGCUGGGUUCUCCCUCCCACCCAGCCUCAGAGCUCUGACUGAGGCACCACAACCCAAGUGUCUUUCUUAAAUAAGUUAGUGUUUAUUCAGCUUUGCUUUGCCCCUCCCCCCUUAGCUUUGACUUAGGAAGCCAAGUUUUCUGCAUCAGAUUAUUGCAACAUUUAACCUGAAUUUGUAGAACGGAUGACAUAAAGCAAAUGGAUGUCAAAUGAA